GAUGGUUGGAUGACAUCGGGCUCCCUCAGUACAAGACUCAGUUUGAUGAAGCAAAACUGGACGGUCGGAUGCUCCAUUAUAUGACCGUGGAUGAUUUGCUCUCGCUGAAAGUCGUCAGCGUCCUGCACCAUCUCAGCAUUAAACGCGCCAUUCAAGUUUUGCGAAUCAAUACUUUCGAGCCAAACUGCCUGCGCAGGAGACCAUCCGAAGAGAGUAAUGUCACCCCCUCUGAAGUGGCGCAGUGGACGAAUCACCGCGUGAUGGAGUGGCUGCGAUCUGUGGACCUUGCAGAAUAUGCCCCUAACUUGAGGGGUAGCGGUGUACACGGCGGACUUAUGGUCCUCGAGCCGCGGUUUAACGUGGAGACCAUGGCUCAGCUCCUGAACAUCCCCCCCAACAAGACCCUCCUCCGGCGGCACUUAGCUACUCAUUUCAAUCUACUGGUCGGACAACAAGCGCAACAACAGAAGCAGGAGGCGCUGUCCUCACCGGAGUACGUGCUGCUGACCGCAACCGCCAAAGUCAAGCCGAGAAAAUUGGCAUUUACUAAUUUCGGAACUCUACGUAAGAAGAAGCAAGAAGAAAGUGAAGAGUAUGUAUGUCCUAUGGAGCUCGGACAGUCGUCUGCAAACAGCAUCAUCAAACCCUACAGAGCCGGCCUGGACCUCAGGGUGUUAGACGACGAGGACCUAGAUAGGCUAGAACAGGUACAUCACAAUACUGCCCCCUAUGUAUAA